AUGUUUAGGAGGACAUUCUUUACACCAAUGAUUGCACAACCAACGCUGUUGAUGCUUGGAAACAAGGGCGGUACGCCGAAGCGCAAGAAGAACCCGAUGCAGCUACGCCGCAAGGUGUACGGGCUGCACUUCAAGGAAAAAUACCUCAAAAUGGAGGAGUGGUACUACUGCCCGCUGUGCGCAGAGCCCAAGAAACCCGGCGAAUGGUGCCGUCGAGAGGACUGCCGUCAAAUUAAACCGUAG